UUCAGAAUCGCGAUACCUACAAAUUCCUUUAUCAAUUUACUCAGCAACUCAGAUCGGACAACUGACAGAUUGACGACCUUGCAACAGGCUUAAGAUGGCGCUGGUUCUGUUUUGACGUACGGACUUGUCGUCUCGACGCCGUUCUUCUUGCACUCGAAACAAUCGACGACUGGAUUUUAUCACGAUUUUUGGAUUCCCGAUUAUGAACAGAGGAUUCUACGUACCCUGUACACCGUACGCAUAUCCGCAAUGUAGCAGUGGUUCGACAGAAGGCGGAGUAGUCAGCGGAGGUGGUGGUAUGGACUGUCUGCCCCUCCGACCGGGACCGUUCCACUACCUGAUAAGCGAGCAAGCCAAGUCCUUGGUGGCGUUACAGGAGCUACAGAAUGAAGUCGGCGCCCUGCUCGAGUUCCGGGACCUCGUCAUCGAGACGUUCCCAAACCUCCGGCACAAGAUGGCCGCCUCGGCGUCGCCCGCGUCUUCGGCGUCCGUGAUGUCGUCGGCAACGAAUAUUCCUCUACAGCCGUUGACGAGUCCUUCGUCACGUCGAAUCGCCGAAUGGGAACCGGGACGAGUGAGACGACGAGCACCGAGGGAGGGUGAAUCCUCCUCGUCGCUUCCUCGGAGCCGGAGCAACUCCCACAGCGGCGGUAACAAGCACAGCGCGACGGUCCAGGACUCCGGGUUUAGCACGGAGACCUCCUCCAAGGACAGCGCAUCGACGGCUAUUCCUCGUCCUCCGAGCCCCCGACCGGUCCUCGAUGAAGCCGAGGACGAGCUGUGGAAUCUCCUCGACGUCAUUCACAGGCGAGGAACGCGGCUACGCGAGGAAGUCGAGUGCCUCCAGGGGCGACUCGAAAGCGCGGCGCCAGAGGAACUCGGCCUAUCCGACGACGUUCUCGAGGCUGUCAGGAAGGUCGCCAGGCCCGAUGAGCCGGCCAGGAUCGACGACGACGACGAGGUUCAGGUUACGGCGUUGCGCAGAGAGAAGGAGCGCCUCAUAGACAAGGUGACCGAGCUCGAAGCCGAGACGAUAUCGAGUCGAGCCCGGGCUCAGGAACUGCAAUCGGAACUCGAGGCCUUGGCCGCACUUAGGAACGGCCUCGAGGAUCGUCUCAGGGCUGAGAUCGAGGCCAAGAGCGAGAUCCUCCACGCGCCCGGGGCGCAGAGGAUAGUGCCAGCCAGUCCACCACCCAUAUCGUCGCCGAAAUCACACGGCAAUAUCAGAAGCAACGUUUCAGCGUUCGCCUGCGUUGGUUCGGCGAGCAAAUCUCAUAAGAAUCGAUUUCGGACAAGGACCAUUGAGAAAAAUGUACUCGCUAAUAUUAACCAGGCUAGUUACAAGGAGGCAUCCAGGAACGCGGACGAUGAUGUUCUUCUUAACAAUUCCAAUGAUGACACGAAUAGGUGUCGACUCGGACGCUUGGACUCUGUACUUAUAUCCCCCAAGGAUCUUCGGCGUCCGAAAAAUGUUGAUUCGAAAAAAAUUGUCGCCAUUUUACACGAACAUUCGCCUAUUGAACUUCAGCGGCACCUUAUCACUACUACCGUCCAUAAUCAGACUCUGCAAGAGCGACUGAACGAAGCGGAAAAGAAUUCUGAAAUCCUUACGGAUCGUUUAGACAAAACGCGAGAGGAGAACGAUGACCUCCGAUUUCAACUUGCAGAGAGAAAUAUCGAGCUGGAGGGAACGCGAGCACGAGUUCGAGUUCUUGAACGUUUUCAGCAUCGACCACCCACAGAAGUCGAUCCGAAUGACAGUGACAUCGAGGCGGCCAGAGGUAGUGAUCAGGGUUGUCUUGAGCCCGGGAGCAGCACGGAAUCGGCGAGAGAUCACCACCAGGAAAUGAUACCGUCUCCUCGUCGACGACCCAGCAGAAUACCGCUUCCUGGGGCGAAGCAGACGGCGCCAAAACCGCCAACCCACGGUCGGAACAACAGCAGAGAAUCGUUAAAGUCUCUUACGAGACAGCCGAGGGAUUCGAGCCGUGACAGUCUCGGUGGGAAAUCAUUUUCAAAAACGAGAGACUCGAGUCGUGAGUCGUUGAGUAACAAAAGCUUACCGAGAACAAAGGGCAACAGUGGAAGUAAUGGAAGUGGAAACUUGAACAAUAGUAUUAACAACAAGGAUCAAACCACUUCAUCGGCCACCAAGGAUUCACUAAACAGAUCUUUGCCUCGACAUAACAAUUAUAACUGCAGCUCGAACAGCCGUGACUCUUUGAACAAAUCUUCGUCCUCUUUGUCUCGCGGUUCGGUCGGCAGAGAGGCGAGAGACUCUCUCGAGUCCGGUGGGGUGCAGAACGUCGUUAAUUCACCGGGAACUCCUCCGCGGCGUCCACCCGCACCUGCACGUCGUGCCCACAGUCUUGCACGUCCCUCCGUUGAGUCUGACACAGGAAAGGGAUUUACCGAUCCUCCGAGCUCUUGGUGUUCUACGAGUGGCAGCUUCAGGCACAGCGAAUCUUCCCUGUACCCAGAUUCUUUGAACCAAGAGACAUCCUCGGUAACUGGAUCUACCCGCGUUGAAUUCAUCCUGGGAUCACCGACGCGACAUUUUCGCACUAGCUCUGCUGUCUGGCCGCCAAGAUAUUUUGAUAGCAUUGAUUCGGCUGCUUUAAUCGCAGAAAGUCUUACUACAGAUGAGUUUCCCUUAAGACGAGGCGAAGCUCUCGCCGAGUGUGAUUCCCUUGAGAGUCACCCAAUUUCCAGCGAUGCUUAAUUUUUAAGUAGUUAUUUAACGUCAUCGCAUUUAUGCAUGUAUUUAUUUUUAUUAUUUGACAAAGAAACUUGUGAGCUUGAUUACUUGAAUCGAUUCCAUCCUGUCUAUACGCGCGUGUAGAAAUUUGUUACGAAUUGACUAAUUGCAAUUAUAAUAAUAAAUAGGUAUAUGAUUAUCGAUUAUGACUUAUUGAGUGAUGUAGAGAGUGAAAAAGUAAUUGAAUUUCACCAGUAACAAGCCAAAAUUAAUCUGAUGCUGUUAUCAAUUGUACGCAAUUGUUUGUAUAUAUUAUACAUAUUCUUAGUAAAAUUAUUAUUAUUAUUAUUUUUGGUUUGUUAAUUUAUUAAGUAAUAUGUCAAGAAUGGAUUUGCAUUGCAAAUCUUUCAUUACUUGGUCUACUUUUGGUAGCUAAUCAUUACUGAUUUAAAAAGAGAUUCUAAACUCGGCACUGCGAGACAUAGUUGGAUUUAAACUUUCAGAGUAAAAUUUUAUGUUUACGAAAAAUAAAAAAUAAAAUUGGAUGUUACGUGAUUAAUUUAUUUUAGUAUUGAAUUAUAGUGAACAGUAUUUUGUUGAAUGAUCACAAUUUCUAUUGUUCGAAAACGAAAAAGGGAAACAAAAAAACAAAGAAAUACCCAGCUUGAAUGGAGUUCGCUUACAUGAAAUUUUACUUCGAAAAUUAUUGGCCUUCUGCUGUCUACAGUGUAUAUUCUAUUUUAUACAAUAGAGUGGAUUAUUAUAGUUGUACUAGAUUUAUUGAUAGGCAACUUUUUCAAGUUAUAUCUUCAUUUUUAUAAUCAUGUUUUGAUACACGGUCGUAUAACACGAUUAGCAGUCGUGUAGGUGAUUCAUUCCAUGUAUGGCAUACAUCAGAACAGAUAAGAUGCUUUUAUUCCAACAAGCAUUUGUUCCUUUUUAUUCUAAACUCGUUUCAAAUUUAUUACUUUCUCUUCUCCCCCUUAUUUAUUACUUAACUUUUGCGCGAGCGUGAAAAUGAUAAAUGUAACGAGUACGAGUGUUUGUACACAUAAUCGAAUAAUAUUUUUUAUGCAAUUAGCAAGUGUGAAACAUGUGAAAGGUAUCUGCACGUAUUUUGUAUGUACAAUCAUGGAAUUUUUCCACGAGUCAGACUAAUCAUUCGGAUCUUUUUUCAUGCAUUUUAGAUGAAAAAUGUUAUUUCCAACGUAUAAUUUUCGUGUAUUGGCAAGUAAUAUGAGGAAUUAUCUUGUCGAAUUUUCUGCACCUGUCACUCGUUUUUAUUUUUCUUUAUUAGGAGCUUUCGAGUGAUAUUUACCGUGAACUUAAAUAAUUCUAUAACGUAACGACUUUAAAGUACUAUUAUACUACACAGUUCCUUGCUUCAACCAAUUUAUUAUUCGUAAUGAUAAUGAUAAAAAUAACGAUGAUAAAAUAAAUAAUAUUAGUAAUGAUAAUAUUAUUAAAAAUAAUCAACAAUCUAUAACACACAUAGUCACAGAGUAAAAUGUGAUUUAAUUAUAAAUACCUAUGUAAGUAACGUAGCUGAGAAUGAAAAAGAAGAGAAAAAACAUAAAAUUAAUAAGUAUAGGACUGAAGGACAUCACUUAUAUUGUAAUUGUAGUGCCUAAACAGAGAAGAUUUUGCGCAGUACGGCAAAGUAAAAUUAAAUGAAUUAUAUCUAUAUAUAUAUACAUAUGUUUUGCGUUUGCCCGGUUGUACUUGGUUUCAAAUUUUCGUAAGAUGAGGCUGCUUUCUAUGUAUAAAUGCGGUAAAAAUGCUCAGAAACCAGAAAUUGUGCGGCCACUUUGAAUCUGGUGCCCCUCCAAAACGGCUUCGGAGCUGCCUAACGGAGGCUAUUAUUUUUAUAUUUUAAUUAUUAUAAUGGAUGGAAAAUGUAACUUAGCUAGAAUUGGCUGACAAUGAGCAGGAUUCUGAUCGACGGUUAUUAUAAACCAUUGUUUGUAUUAUAUUUAAUUUAACAUGUAGAAAGAACGUAUUAUCAUCGUAUUAUGAUUUCAAUAACCGUGAUAUAUCAUUGUAAUAUCGAUACACACGUGUAAAUAGUUGAUACAUGAAUAUAGGUAAAUGAAUAAAUGAAUAAAUAGAUAUAUAUACACGCGUAUACAUAUAUUAUGAAAUAUUUAAAUAAUUUUAAUGUAAAUGAAUUAGGUAAUGUGUAAUGAAAUUACGGUAACGUGAUAAGAUUAAUAAAUUGAAAUUGCGUAAAUAUAA